GUGAGAUCCUCUUGUUUGGCAAGAACCCAAUUUAAGUUCGAAAGUCCCGAUUUGCUUUUGAUCUUUCUCUUUCCUUGAAUUCAUUUGAGAGUCAACGAGAAAAAUAUAUCAUAUAUAAACACAGUUUGGUUUGGUUUCGAUUCUAGGGUUUUCAUAUUCCCCUAAAUUUUUGUGGUCAAAGAAGAAGAGAAAAGAACCAAUCGAACCAAGAAGAGAAAGACAAUUUCAAUUUCAACAUCUCUCUCUCUUAUAUUAUAAGAUCUCGAGUUGAGUCAUCAUCGUCAGUGACUAUGAACAACGACCGCAACAAUUCACCAAUUCAAGAACAAUAGGAGAACGGAUUAAUCUCCAUCAAGAUUCACACUAAGACCCAUCUCAAGAAAAGGAAGAAAGUCUUAGUCCAAAGAACAUGAAAAAAGGAGUAAUCUUGAUCAGGAAUCACUAGAACCCAUCUCAUAUAUCAAGACAAGAAGCAAGAUUUGGCAAGAACAAGUUUCAGUCUUGAUUCAAGAAACCAUCUCAUAAAUCAAGAUUUAUCCAAGGAAAUCAGAUAAUUCCUCAUGGAUCUAUCCCUAGCUCCAACAACAACAACAAGCUCCGACCAAGAACAAGACAGAGACCAAGAGUUAACCUCCAACAUCGGAGCAAGCAGCAGCUCCGGAGCAACCGGAAACAACAACAACAACCUUCCAAUGAUGAUGAUUCCGCCGCCGGAGAAAGAACACAUGUUCGACAAAGUGGUAACACCAAGCGACGUCGGAAAACUCAACCGACUCGUGAUCCCUAAACAACACGCGGAGAGGUAUUUCCCACUAGACUCAUCAAACAACCAAAACGGCACGCUGUUGAAUUUCCAAGACAGAAACGGCAAGAUGUGGAGAUUCCGUUACUCGUAUUGGAACUCUAGCCAGAGCUACGUGAUGACCAAAGGAUGGAGCCGUUUCGUCAAAGAGAAAAAGCUCGACGCAGGAGACAUCGUCUCUUUCCAGCGAGGCAUCGGAGAUGAGUCCGAAAGAUCGAAACUUUACAUCGAUUGGAGGCAUAGACCGGACAUGAGCCUCGUUCAGACACAUCAGUUUGGUAAUUUCGGCUUCAAUUUCAAUUUUCCGACCACUUCUCAAUAUUCAAACAGAUAUCAUCCAUUGCCGGAAUAUAACCCUGUCCCGAUUCACCGGAGCUUGAACAUCGGAAACCACCAACGUUCGUAUUAUAACAAUCAGCGUCAAGAGUUUGUAGGGUACGGUUAUGGGAGUUUAGCUGGAAGGUGUUACUACACGGGAUCACCGUUGGAUCAGAGGAACAUUGUUGGAUCUGAGCCGUUGGUUAUAGAGUCAGUCCCUGUUGUUCCCGGGAGAUUAGCUCCGGUGUUAAUGCCGCCGCUUCGUCCGCCUCCUUCUACGGCGGGGAAGAGACUAAGGCUCUUUGGAGUGAAUAUGGAAUGUGGCAAUGACUAUAAUCAACAAGAAGAGUCUUGGAUAGUGCCACGUGGUGAGAUGGGUGCAUCCUCUUCUUCUUCGGCUCUGCAACUCAAUUUAUCGACGGAUCAUGAUGAUGAUGAUGAUGAUCAAUUUGCUAAGAAAGGGAAGUCUUCAUUUUCUCUAGAUUUCAAUCCAUGAGAAGUUUCAUCAUCUCUUUUAACAUCUCUUGAUUUGAUUUCAUUAGUAUUUGCCAAGGGAAUUAUAUUCUAGUUAGUGAGGGGAAGAAAAACGAUCUUUUCCGUUUUUUUUUUU